CCUUUGUUCAGACCAGGAUUUCAGAAAACAGUUUCUCAGCAAAUUCACAUUUCUUCUCUGUUUGGUUGGCUAGAAAAUGGUUUUGAAAGUACUUUGCUUCAGUGCAGGAAAAAUGUGGUGUCAGUGAAGAGUUUUCUGGGCUGUAUUUAUAAGUUACAGGUGGUUUGGCCUUGAAUCUGCAAGUAUUGAUAUAGUUAUAGUGCAUAGUUUUGGUUUGCAAUAUAUGCAUGGAAACAAAUUCAGGUGUUACAGUGAUAGGAGCAGAAGCUCCAUCAGCUUGUCAUAUGGCACCAAGGACUGAAAAUGCCGACCAGAUCGUUGGUGGAAUAACGGUUGUCAAUGUUCCGCCAGUUAGCUAUAUAUUAACUGGUAGUACAGAGAAGAAGAAAAGAGGUAGGCCUAGGAAAUAUGGACCGGAUGGGACAAUGACAAGGGCAUUGUCACCUAUGCCUAUUUCGUCCUCCGUCUUGCCUGUUUCGAGUGAGUUCUCGAGUGGUGGAAAGCAGGGGAGAGGCCGAGGCAGUGGUUAUCAGAUUAAACAUCAUAAGGGAAUGGACAUGGAGAACUUAGGUGACUUGGCUGGGACUCGUGUCGGAACAAAUUUUACGCCGCAUAUCAUCACUGUCAAUCCCGGUGAGGAUGUAACAAUGAAGGUGAUGUCGUUUUCUCAACAAGGACCAAGAGCCAUUUGCAUCCUAUCCACUCACGGAGUAAUUUCUAACGUUACACUUCGUCAGCCGGAUUCUUCCGGUGGUACGGUUACGUAUGAGGGUCGUUUUGAGAUACUCUCCUUGUCCGGGUCCUUCAUGCCUACGGAAAUACUAGGGACAAGAAGUCGAUCUGGUGGGAUGAGCGUCUCAUUGGCGAGCCCCGAUGGACGUGUUGUAGGCGGAGGUAUUGCUGGCCUUCUUGUAGCUGCUAGUCCUGUACAGGUUGUCGUCGGCAGUUUUCUACCGGGCUACCAGCACGACCAAAAGUCCAAGAAGCAGAGAAACGAGUCCGUACCAGAUGCUGUUGCAUUGAACCCGAACAAGGUCCACGAACCUGCAUCAAAUGCAGAAAAAGAAGAGGAUGGCAUCGACGUACAACAUUCGCAACAAAAUUCGAAUACCUCGAAACAGAACUUUGCUACUGCUAGUUUCAGAACAGGAAAUUGGGCCAACAUACAGGAGCCAAGAAAUUCAGCAACUGAUAUCAACAUAUCUUUGCCCGCAAUUUAGUUUUAUAACUUAGCAAAUCAUUCAUCUCGAUCCUAUGUUCCCUUGGA